AUGGGUGACCUUCAGCAAUCAUCGGGGAGCAUUGUCUCCAAGGCAUAUGUCGUCGAGUCCGAGGGAGCGCCGUUUGUCCUAAAAGAUGUUGUCCUGGACCAGGUGCAACCCGACGAGGUUCUCGUGGAAUUAAAGUACACAGGGAUCUGUCAUACUGACAUUGUCGUCCAAAAUGGCGGAAUGCCCAUUGGGAGCUACCCAGCCGUCCUUGGACACGAGGGCGUAGGCAUCGUGCGACAGGUUGGAUCUCAGGCUCAGGACAAGUCGCUGAAGGAAGGAGAUACAGUUCUACUAGGUUUCCGUACCUGUCGAAAAUGCCCAUCGUGCCUGGAGGGUCGAUGCGGUGCGUGUCCCCGUAUGACAGAAUACAACUUUGUGAGUGCCCGUCUCGGAGAGGGCGCGAAACCCAUCUAUUCCUUGACCGAUGGCACUCCGGUCCAUGGCCAGUUUUUCGGUCAAUCAUCUCUGAGCAAGAUGGCCAUCGUUGCAGAACAGUCUGUGGUGAAAUGCGACGUCGAUGCCGACUCCCUUCAGUAUCUACCUCCGCUUGGCUGCGGGUACCUCACCGGUGCGGGAACCAUCUUCAACGUGCUCCAGCCCAAACCAACCUCAACCGUGGCCAUCCUGGGGAUGGGUGCUGUUGGCCUGGCAGCAUUGCUCGCCGCGAAGGCAAUGGGUGUUCGCCAGAUCAUCGCAGUGGAUAUCGUGGACUCGAAGCUGGACCUGGCUGUCUCCUUGGGGGCAACCCACACGAUCAACACGAAGCAGGUUCCUGAUCUCUGCACCGGCAUCCGAAACCUGCUGCCCGAUGGUGUGGACCAGAUCGUGGACACGACCGGCGUUUCGCCCCUGCUGCAGGCAUCGAUGAAGGCCCUCGGCCAUGAAGGUGUGCUCGCCUUGGUCGGAGUUCCCCGACCUGGAGACUCAAUCCAGGUCGAUGCCCUAGACUUGCUUGUUUCCUGCAAACGGGUCGUUGGUGUGAUUGAAGGUUUUGCGGACCCCAAAGAGCUGAUCCCCCGACUCGUCAAACUAUACCGUGAAGGAAAUUUCGCCAUCGAUCGCAUCUCAACGGUCUACGCGGCUGAACGCCUGGAUGAAGCGAUGGAGGACCUUAAAGCUGGAAGGGUGAUCAAGCCGGUGUUGUCAUGGGAUGGCAUUUGAAGCGCGGUCCCCGAAUAAGACCAUAAAAAGCAACGCACGCGCCGAUGACCUUUUUUCUUUCUCUUUUCCUUUUUCUUCACGUUCGUAUGGAUACCAUUGAGCGCCGGAGCUAUGUACCUCGUUUUUAUUG